UCUCAAUAAGCGGCAGGCAGCGGGGGCUAUAUAAGCUCGGGGUUGGGGCCUGGUGGGUGGAAGGGGCCAGACUUGCCCGCGAGCUGACAGCGUCGGUCCACCCAGCCCCACCGCGCCAUGGAGCCCGCAGAGCGCUCGGAGAGCGGAGCCGGCGAGCGCGCGCGCUGCAGCCGCCUGCUGCCCUUGGUCCUCGACCGCCCCACGCGGCGCGGAGGCACUGACUCCGGAUCCGGAGGUUUCUGGAGACCCUGGGUUGAUGCCCGAGGCGAGCAGGAGGAGGAGGCGCCGCACCACGCCGCGGAGGCGGUGAGUGAGGUGCUUGUGGCGGGAAUAAAUAUAUCCAUGAUGCGUAAAACACUUCAUGAAUAUAAGGAUUUUGAAUAUGAAAAAGUAAAGUGUAUUAUGUUAUCUGCUUCUUUCAGACUAUUUUGGCCAAAAUCAAAGUGUUACGAUUACUUAUAUCAAGAAGCGGAAGCUCUUCUGAAAAAUUUUCCAAUUCAAGCCACAAUUUCAUUUUAUGAAGAUUCUGAUAGUGAAGAAGAAAUUGAGGAACUGAUCUGUGAAAAUCAAUCUGAUUAGUUACUUUUGAUGAUAUAUUAAAAGUUUGUAGGAUUUAAAUUUAGUGUGCAAAUGUAUCAUAAUCCUUUUAAGCUAAUUUAUUUGUAUAUAAAUUAUUAAUAAAAUGAAUAUUUUAUAAUUAC